CAAAAGGUCGGCCGCUACCCCACAAAUCGCAGCCGUUGAUUUUCCACCUUCCAUCCACAAUCCAAUCUCAUCCGUUCGUCCCCGCUUCCGCUCUUUGACCGUCGCCGAUCACCGCCGUCAAUUCCGGCCUCUCGAAUUAACAGCCGUGGGUUUUUGAUUAGGACCCUUUCAUUUUUCUUUAAACUAGAAUUUCACCAAUCGUAUGUAUUCUAGGAAUUGCGGUCUGUUCGAAGCAUUUUAGUGGGCAGCCACAGCCAGUUCUUUCGAACGACUCAACUCGCUCAGCAUUUUAAACGGAGGGAACUGUAGUGUAAUAUGUAUAUAAAUUUGGCAAUUGGCAUGAAUUGUAACUGUUUAUUUGAUUUUUAAUUUUUGCGCAUUUUCGUUUUCAAUGCGUUCAUCGUCAUCAGUGGUGUUGAUUAACUUUCUGUAAUUGUACAUUGACCUGUGAACCUCUUUUUUUCCUGUACUACCCACCCAUCUUAUUCAUUCCAGCUAAACAGAGCUUCGUUCGUGGUUUUUGAUCGUACUGACUGUGAAUUGAAGAUGGUUCCUUCUGGUUAUGAAUCGGAUGUCAUUCAGUGGGGUCUUCGUCUUUUUGAUGGUGAUUCAGUUCUUAAUUCUGGUUAUUACGGGGAGAUGACAGCCGUAGAUGACCAUUAUCCUGGAAAUUAUUACAGAGAUCAUUACAAUUUAGAACCCACUUGCGUGGAGAAUGAUGAGAUUAUUGCAAGAACUCUGCAAGAAAAUUUGUCACACUUAUCAAUUACAGACUCCUCUAGAUGUCCAAUUGAAAGAGAUGAGCAAUUGCGAGGAUCCAUAUACACAACUGCUUGGCAUAAUCCAUUUCCAAGGAAUAAUAGUUCAGAGAGAGUUUCUGUUCAGGAAGAUAUUGAAACUAUGGAUCCUUCUAGUUCAUGUUCUAGUCCUGGGGAUGAGGACUUCUCCUAUUUAUAUGCAGUUGAUGGUGAAGAAUUCUGGAGAUUCAAUCAAAUGAUCCCUGUUCCUCAUGUUCCUAGAAUUAAUGGAGAAAUUCCUUCAGUUGAUGAAGCAGCUUCUGAUCAUGAAAGGCUGCUGAACAGAUUACAAGUGUAUGACUUUGUUGAACGAAAGGUUCAAGGUGAUGGCAAUUGUCAGUUCCGUGCAUUAUCUGACCAAUUAUAUGGAACACCUGACAAUCAUGAAUUGGUGAGACAAAAAGUAGUAAAUCAGCUUAUGUCACAUCCAGAGAUUUAUGAGGGAUAUGUCCCAAUGGCAUAUGAUGAUUACUUGGAGAAGAUGUCCAGGAAUGGUGAAUGGGGGGAUCAUGUCACUUUACAAGCAGCCGUGGACUCGUAUUGCGUGCAAAUAUUCCUUAUUACUUCUUUCAAGGAUACCUGCUGCAUAGAGAUUCUUCCAAAUUCUGAGAAGACAAAAGGAGUUCUCAUUGUUUCCUCUUCAGUGGUUUGUUUGAACACGGUGAGCCGCAUAAUCGUAUUUUAUUCCUUGGUUUUAUUUGUCAUUUUUCAUUGUUUUCAAGUUUAUUUGCAUGGAAUAAUUGGCUCAGGUCCUGCCUUUAUUUUUCCUCCCCGUCGAUUUGAUGGUUUUUGUGACUGGCUAUACUAUGCAUUUGCAGUGAUUUUCUUGAGUUUUUGGGCAGAGGUGCAUUACAACUCGAUUCAUCCUCAGGGAGGUGUGCCGUCAACUGGCGAUUCCCCACCCAGUGAGUUGAGAAAGAAGAAAAGAUGGUGGAAGUUUGGAAAUAAGCAUUGAAAAGCCCCCAGCUGCCUCAGACUCCUAACUCUUUUACUCCUGCUAUUGCUUGACAUCUCCUUUUCAAGUGCAAUCCUUUGUUAGGAUUCAUAUUCACCAAUAUUGGCUAAUAUUCACAUGCCUUGAAUUCUUUUAUGACAAAGACAAAGCACAUGGACUUUUCCAAAAUUUUCCCCCCUGUUGUUGUUGUUGUUCCCCCAGAAUGCUUCAGGGAUGUCUGCAUGUGGUUAUUUUCGUAGUUGUAUACAGUCUGGCCUAAUUGGUUGGGAUCUUGAGGGAGAGACAGAUUGUAAUAAUUCUUUUGACAGAAAUGCAAAGGUAUUUCUCUGAAA